UGGAACUAUCAAUUUUAGUCACAGAUUCAUAAAAAGCAGACAAAAUUUGUUGUAAAUAUACAUUUUUGGUCAACCCAAAAAAACUAAAAAACAAAAAAAAAACUUCUUGGCAAGAUGAUGCUGUCAACCUAUCAGCAUGACUAUGUGCCACCCAGUGCCAAACGGUAUGAGUUCCUCACACGUGCCAAAGGUCUCGAGGGUCACGACGGGCCCAAGGUAAUUGAAUGCCAAUGCGCUGAUGAGUCCAAGAUCAACAUGCCGCCAGCUGCCUCAAAGGACUGCAGCGGUGUGGAGUGGACGGGCAUUGCGCCCAUGGGAAAGCUAGUCGAUCCACGGCUCAUACCCACCCAACUGACCCAGGACCAGGUCGAGAAGAUGGCCUUUUCGGCGGAAACUGACUGCUUCAAGCUCCAGCCGAACCGUUUCCUCAAAAUCCUGCGCACCGUCUACCCCGAUCUGUACGAGCGGUUGAAAGUGCUGCCCAAGGAUGAACUGAGCCGGAGGCUGGAGAAGAACCGAAUGUUCACCACCUAUCAGAUCGAUUACUGCAACAUGAACGAGUACCCGGAGGGCAUAUACGAGAGUCUGAAGACUGAGGAUGAGUCCUCCAAGCAGAACUCGAACAAACUGAUGAGCGAGCGCGGACCAUGCUCCGAGUUCCGGGACAAUGUCAUGAACGAAUUGGAACGUGAGUCCUCCACCGGGUACGACGUGUCCCGGGACGAGUGCGAGAAGUCAUACAAGCCGUUUAAGACCACCUUCGCUGACUCCUCCUCCUUCGUCGACUCGGGCAGCAACUCGCACUGGAAUGCCGCCCCAACGACAUACCGCAAGAUGCCGAACUUUAGCGAGUAUAUGGAUUCGAUUAGCCGGAAUGGUUGUGUCAUUAUGCGCAACAAGCUGCACGAUCAUUCCAAGUGCUUGGCCAAGUACUGUAAGCACGAUCUCAAGUUCACUUGUGCGGAAAUGAAGUGAUUCCUUUGAAUGUAAUAGUCGUGUGCUUUUUGGUUUGAAUUACAUUUUGGUAGCGUAA